AUGCAUCGACAUCAGAUUUUAACUGGAGCGGCCAAUCCUAGUGAUUAUAGUUUUGCCGCAGGUAGUAUUGAGAGUAUACAUUUUGUGGCUUAUACAGCUGGUUAUAAUAUUGUGAUUUUAUCGGGUGAUUUUCAACGUGUUCAAGUUCUUUUAUCAGGAAAUGAAUAUAAUCAAUGUUUAUUAACAUGUAUUGAUUGUACAUAUGAAUCGGGCAAAAUUGUAGCUGGUUUUGGAAAUCAAGUUUGCAUUUAUGAACCAACAUUUACUUCUGAACGAUCAUGGCAUCAUCAAGUCAAUUAUCGAUGGUCAUUAAAACAUACAAUAACAUGUUCCAAUGAGAAAAUAACAGCUGUUGCAUGGCAUCCGAAAGGUGAUCAAUUAAUUGUUGUUUGUGAGUCAGGUUUACAAGUUUGGUUUAAUCAAUAUGAUGAUAAUGAACCUCGAUCAAAUAAAGUUGAUUUUGACAUAGGUGGAAGUGAUAUAUCAGGAAAAUUAUCGUCAAAUAUUGCUUCAAAAAACUGGAAAAAUGUUUGGAGUUAUAAAUCAGCAUCACCAAUAAAACAUGUAACCUAUUCAAAUGAUGGAUCUCUUUUUGCUACAGCAUCCCAAAAUGAUCGUUUAGUUAAAAUUUGGUAUCGAACUCUAAAUAAUAGUGCAAUUAUUUCAUUUACAUCAACUUAUUUACCUCAUCCACGAGCAGUUACUUAUAUAUCGUGGAGGCAAACAAGUCAAUUUUUUGCAGAGGGCACAGUUGUUAAUUGUUUAUUAACAUGUUGUAAAGAUAACAUUUGUCGUAUAUGGUGUGAAACUAUGCAACAAGAUGAAUCGGCAAUAUAUAUCAAUGAUCCAACAACGAUAAGAACUCAACGAAAAAGACAAACUGAAUGUUUAGAUAAAAGUGUACAAAAAUUAUAUAAAUUACGAUACAAUUAUUUUAUUCCAAUAAGCAAUCGUCCAGAUGUAUCAUCACCAGCAUCCUAUGUUGAUCAUCAAGAUCCACAUACUCCUGCAUCACUUAUUUCUUCCAAUACAGCAUUGACAAAUGAUGAAGAUAUAAAUAAUGCAAAUGGUCAAGUAAUAACAACACUUUCAUCAUCACCAUCAUCAUCAACAUCUUCACUUGUACAAAAUAAUUCUCAAUCAUCUACAUUAUUAUCAUCAACACAUAGACAUCUUCGUUUUCACUUAGCAACAACAAUAAAUCCAAGUACAGAUUCAUUACUUGCACCAAAUAUACCAACACAUAAAGAUUAUAUGUUUAUUGUUCAAUGGUUAAAUAAUAAAGAUUUAUAUAAUUUAUUUUCUAUUGAACAAUUUCUUCUUGAUAUUCAACGAAAACUUAAACGACCAACAAUAUCUUCAACAAAUAUUGAUACUGAUGAUACUAAUAGUAAUGAUACACAAAUAGACUUAACAACUAUAAAUAAAACUCGAAAUUCUCAAGUAGAUGAUUCAAAAUAUGUUUUACAAAUACGAAAUUAUUUAAAAAAACUUAUUGAUGAAUGGAAAAAUAGUUCGGAUGUUGUAUUUAGUAUACAUCCAAUUGAUGGUAGUCUACUUUUAUGGGUUAUUGAUUGGCUUGAUCAACCAUUAACAAAAUUAUCUUCUUCAUCAUGUUCUUCUUCAUCAUUAUCAUCACCAUCAUCAUCAUUAAUGAAAUAUCAAAUGCUUCAUCGACAAGUUCAAGUUAGUUUUUCAGCUCGUAUACCUGAUAUAUUUCCAUUAGGUGAUGCUUUAUCUUUACAACCACAUUUAAUUAUUUAUUGUAAUCAUUUUUUAUUUGAUCAAUAUUUAUCAUUAAAUCAAACAAAAGAAAUACAACAUUUACCUAUUAUUAAUAUGAUAACUAAACAUACAAAUGGUACAUUAAAUUUAUGGUCAUUAACAUUUCAUGAAGAACAAAAAUUUCAAUCAUUAACAUGUGUUACACAUACAGCACGUAUGUGUGGUCAUCAUUUUCCUAUCAGACAUAUUGUAUGUCAUCCAACUGUAUCACUUGUUUUAACAAGUUCAUAUUAUGAUGAAAAUAAUGAAUUAAAUUAUGGUAAAAAACAACGUUAUGAUAAUUCAUUAAUACUUUGGAGUACAGAACCAAUUGGACCAUUAACAAUGACAGGUGGAAUAACUGAAUUAGCUCGAAUAGAAUCAAUUAAUAAUGGUGCAUUUAAAUUAAUUGCUUGGUUUCCAUUAGUUAUGCCUUGUAUGAAUAUUAAUUUAUUACGUGAAUCACCAAGUCUACUAUUUUGUGCAUCAGAUGGUAAAUAUUUACGUGUAUAUCAAGUUGUAUGUAAUGCAAAAGCUUUAUUAACAAGUCAAAUUGCAACUUCAAAGUCUUAUCAAGUUCUUGGUAAUUUCGAAUCAAAUUCUAUUCGUUCAUCACCAUCAACAGAUUUAAAUGCACCACGAUUAAAUGUUGUUAGUAAUCAAUCAACAGCUCGACCAAGUUGUGUUUUAAGUCUUGCAGAAAUAUCAGAUUCAAAAUGUAUUUGGACACAUGCUGAAUUAAUACAUAUAUUUCCUGCAAAUGCAAUUGAUGAUCAUAGUGAACAAACAACAACAAGUAAAAUUUAUUAUCUUGUACUUGUUGAAAAAUCAAAUAAUAAUAAUGAUAAUAGUCAAAGUUAUAUACAUAUGUGGAAAAUAAUUAUAACUUAUCCUGAUGAUGAUAAUGAAUCAAUAAGUAUAAAUAAUUUUACUAAUGAUAAUGAAUGGAUAGUACAAGUUCAAAGUUCUAAGGUUAGUACGUAUAUUCUUCCAUUAGAUUCCAAUGCUGAACUUCAAUCAGUUGAUGUUGCAUUUGGUCAUUUAAGUUCAAGUACACUUUGUUAUUCUGAUUCAUCAUCAUCAUCUCCAUAUCUUUUAUCAACUGCACAUACCGAUGGUAUAAUACGUUUUUGGACAUGUAAACAUCAAUCAUUAAAUACAUAUGAAUGGUCUGAAUGGUGUGGAAUAACACUUGAUAAUCAAAUAAAUUCUCGUUUAAAAAUUUCUGGACAACCAUUAGCAAUAAGUAAUGCAUAUUGUGGUCGUUUAGCUGUUGCUUAUUAUGAUAAAAAAAUUCAAAUUGGAAUAUAUGAAUGUGAAUCAACAGGUGGUACAUCAUUUAAUUGUGAAACAAUAAUACCAAUAAAUGAAAUUGAAAAACAAACAAAUACAUUAUCUGUACAUUUUGAUUGGGCAUCAAUUGAAAAUGGUGCACAUUUAUUAGCAACAUCAAUUGAUGUACAUUAUGUUUUUAUUUAUUCUUAUACACAAUUAUCACAAUGGACAAAAUUACGUACUAUUGAAUUAACAUCUGUAAAUAAAAAUAUUUUUUUAUGUUCUAAUUUAAGUUUAAAAUGGGUACGUGGUGGUCUUUUAUUAAUUGGUAUUAAUAGUGAAUUACAAGUUUAUUCACAAUGGACAUCAUUAAAACGACAAGGACAUUCAGUUAAAUCUGAACCAUUAAUUAAAACAAAACGUCGUAUAAAUACAUCGAAUAAUCUUAAAAAACUUGCAACAAAUAGUGAUUUUAAUAUAAAUAAUAAUAGUUUAGAUCAUCCAUCAUCAUGGUUAACAUUAGAUUCAAUUGAUGAACUUAGUUUAUUUCAUGCAGCUCGAAAUGCUGCACCUGUUUUACCACAAUAUCAUCCAACAUUAUUAUUAGAAUUAGUACGUUUUGGAAAAUAUCGUCGUGUUAAAGCUAUACUUGCACAUUUAACACGUUGUAUUGUUAGUACAGUCCAUAGUGUUGAAGGAAAAGUUGAAAUGAAAUUAAUGCGUAGUCGAACAUUUUCAAUAGCUAAUAGUGAUACUGCUGAACCAUCAAUAGCUGAAGUUGAUCAUGUUAAAUAUGUUGAAAUUGAUUCUGUACCAUUAUUACCAUUAUUUGCUUUAUUUAAUGCUGAUCAUGAAAAUAUUACUAAUAAUGAUCAUGUUAAUACAAAAGAUAAUAAUCUUCAAGAUGAUGAUAUUAAUGGUAGAGAUAAAUAUGAAGAUUUAUUUACAACAGGAUCACCUAUGGAUAUAAAUAGAGAGAUUGAAUUUAAAUUUGAUGAAGAUCAUAUACAUGAUGCUGAAAGAAAAAAACAAGUUGAAUUAAAUAAAUUUCGAAAAGAAUUAUUAUCAAAUCGAAAUUGGUCACCAGCAUUCGAUUCUCGAAUGGUUGAUUUACUUGUUGAUUAUUUUCAACGUGUUCGUUUAUCAAAUUUAACAAGUCUUGAACAAAUGUAUUUACUUGCAUUAGCUGAUACAUUAGCUAAUGCAAGUAAUGAUUCAUUAUCAAAUCAAACAUAUUCAGGCGAAAAACCAACAAAUACAAUGGAUGAUUGUGGUCUUAGAUUUUUAAUUGAUGUUCAACGUUAUAUUUAUUUAUCACGAAUGGUUUCAUUACCAAAUAUACAAGGAAAUUCACCAUUAAAACAUAUUAUAACAAGUGCAUCAUAUGCUUGGGCAUUUCAUUCCGAUUCACAAGAAGAUUUACUUGGUAUGCUUCCAUGUAUGAUAAAAAAUAAACCAAUAUGGAGUGAAUUACAAUUAUUUGGUGUUGGAUGGUGGAUUCGAAAUAAAAGUCUUAUUAUAAAACUUUUUGAAAAGCUUGGUAAAGCAGCAUUUGAAUUAAAUAAUAAUCCACUUGAUAGUGCUUUAUAUUUUCUUGCACUUAAAAGAAAAAAUUUAGUCUACAAUUUAUAUAAACAUGUUCAAGAUGCUAAAAUGCAAGAUUUUUUUAAAAAUGAUUUUACACAAGAACGUUGGUUAAAAGCAGCACAAAAAAAUGCAUUUGCAUUACUUGGUAAACAACGUUUUGAACAUGCAGCAGCAUUUUUUCUUCUUGCUGGAAAAAUUCGUGAUGCUAUUGAAGUUAUUAUAAAUAAUUUAAAUGAUAUACAAUUAGCUUUAUUAGUUGCUCGUCUAUAUGAAAAUGAUGAACAAAAUUUAGUUAAUAAUAUUCUUAAUAAAGAAAUUUUAACUAAACCACAUAAUGAUCCAUUUUAUCGUAGUAUGUCUUAUUGGUUAUUAAAAGAUUAUGAACAUUCAUUAAAUACAUUACUUCAUAAUGAUAUAUUUGAACAACAACAAACAAUAUUUAUUUUUUAUGAUUAUUUAAAACAACAUCCACUUGUUUUACGUUCAAAACAAUUAUCACAUGAAAGUUUAAAUGAAAAUUCAAAAAAUUUUUCUAUUGAACGUCGUGUUCAUUUUCGUACAGCUUAUUAUUAUUUAAAAACAGGUUGUCCUUUAUUAGCAUUAGAAAUUCUUGCUAAAUUACCAGCUUAUAUUAUUUUAUCAAAUGAAACAAAAUCUUCAAUAGAUACAACAAAUGAUAUUAAAUCAAAACAAACUGAAACUAUUGAUUGGAGUCAACCAGUAUCAAAAAUAAAUGAUGAUGAUUUAAAACUUGAAUGGAGUGAUGAUGAGAAUGAUAAUGAUAAUGAAAAAGAAGAAAAAAUAAUUGAAGAACCAAUUCCAAAACCAACACUAUCAACUGAAGAUAAAUCAGUGAAACAACAAUUUGAUACUAUUGGACAAUAUAUGAAAUUAAUUUGUUGUUUAAAAAUUAUUGUCGAAGAAAUGGCAACACUAGCAACUGGAUUUGAAGUUGCCGGUGGACAACUUAGACAUCAUUUGGCUUGUUGGCUUGAACAAGAAAUUGGUGUAAUUCGACAAUUCUGUAAUUUAAAUACAUCAACUAAUACUGAUCAAGAUGAUCCAAAUAAUUCUCUUGAAAAUAUUGAUGAACCAAUUUUAUCCGACAUACACGAUGAUCCAAUGUUACCACCUAAUACAUUUUCAAGUAUGGAUUCAUCAUCACCAUCAUCAUCAUCAUUUAUUCAUACGAAUAAUUUUGAAACAAAAAUGAAACGUUCAUUACGUCGUCGUCAUUGGCUUCAAUCAAAUGAACAUCUUCUUCGUACAUUAGUUUCAUUUACAAGUUUACAUGGAAUGCAUGGUGGUGGUUUGGCAUCUGUUCGUAUGGAAUUAUUAUUACUUAUGCAUGAAUUAUAUCGUGAUCGUCGUACACAAUUAAAAUAUCCAAUACCAUUUCCAACACAAGUACCAUUAUUAAUAGCUAAUCUAUCCUUUGCAUUAAGUGUUAGUAAUAGUGCAAUUAGUUAUAUAAAAGAUUUAAGUCAAGAUUUAUUACGUACAAUGAAUACAUGGUUAACAUUACCUAAAUUAACUGAUAAAAGUGUACAAAUUGUUGCAAUAAGAGAUUUAUCAAUAGCAUUAGCUAGUUGUGUUUAUCAAUCACUUUGUAAUACAAAUGAAAAUCAAACAAGUGAACGUAUUGCUGUUGAAUCAUUUCUAAAAUCAUAUCUUUAUCGAAGAGAAUCAAUUCGAUUACAUAGACGUAAAAGUGUAAGCGCAUUAAUUGAACGAGAAGCACCAACAACUGCACCUAAAGAUUGGCCAGGUAUAAAAAUAUUUGCAACAACAGCAAAAGAUCAAGAAAAUAAUUUAACAAAAUUAAAAAUUCUUCUUGUUGAAAUUCUUAUAUCAGUUUAUAUGUCAUUAUUGAUUUAUGCUUUAUCAACUGAUGAUUGUAAUACAUUAUAUCGAUUACUCGUACGAAAAUGGUCAACACCUGAAUCAGCUGUUAAAUUAUGGUAUGGAGUAUUUGGUGGAGGAGCAAAAAAACAUAAACCAAAUCUACCACCUUCAACUUUAUCAACAUCAGCUACUGAUUCAAAUAACGAAAUACCAUCAUCAACAGAUCGUCUUCCAUCUGGAAGUUUCUUUGCAAGAAAAAUGAUGAUACCAAAUAUUCAACAACAACCGCAACAACCAUCUUAUGUAGAAGUAUUUAUUCCUCCACGUGCUAGUAUAGUUAAUUAUUUUAUGGCAAAAGUUUCAUCGGAUAGAGAUUAUCAUUCAACAAUUAUUGAUGAAGAAAUAAGUGAAGAAGAUGAAGAUGAAGAUGAUGAAGAUGAAGAUAUUUCCAAUUCAACAAAUACUGAUAAUGAAUUAACAUCAAAAAAGAAACAACGAAAAAUUCAAGAACGUGAACAUACAGACUCAAUGUCUUAUUCAUGGGUUCUUAUGCGUUAUACAAUUGUUCGACUUGUUUAUAAACGUUUAUGGGCAUUUUUUCCUCAUAUUGGCAUUGAAAAACAUGAAAUUCCAAGUGUUUCACCAUUAAUUCAACAAUUAUUACAAAAUCUUAGUAUUUGGCAAGAUUCACUUCGACGUACACUUGAAACAUUUAAUGUACCACCGGAUAAUUAUUUACCAUUAAGUGGAUUAAAUACUAUUGAAGAACAAACAACUGGUUUACCUAUACAUCGAUAUCGAACAAUACUUGAUCCAAAAAAUACUCCAUUUUCAAAAUCAAGAUCAGCAUUACCAGCAAAACGUCUUUGGACAUAUUUAGUUAAUGAUGAACAAUCACAAGGAAUAUUUAUUAAAUAUAUAUUUAAACGAAAAGUAACAAUACCAACAACUCAAUCGGUGAAUAAAAUGAUUGAUAAAUCGGACAGUCGAGCAAAUAUAGAAAGUUUACAAGACACUACAUCAUCAACAACACAAUCGAAUGCAAAACUUAUAUAUCGAGAUUCUGAACCAAUUCAUUCAUUUUGUCUUAAUAGCCAGAUGAAUCCAACUUUAUUGGCGGCUGGUCUAUCUCGUGAAAUAAUUGAAUUAGAUAUAUCAAGUAUAACAUUAACAAAUGAACCAUAUGAAUUAUCUGAUGAUGAAAAUGAUUUAUCACCAUCUUUACUUCCACAAGCAUCAGCAAUGCUUAAUCGUGAUACUGGAACAAGUCGAAUAACAUCUCUUCGAAUGCCAACCAUGGGUGUUUAUGUACCAAAUAUGUAUUUAACUCAAUCAAGUGUAGUCAAUACAAAUGGAACUACUACAACAGAUAAAGAAAAUCAACAUGUUCUUACUAAUCGACAUGCUAUUCGAGAAAGUCGAAAAUUUGCUAAUCAUCCAGUUUUACCACAUUAUCUUACUGGAUGUGCUGAUGGUAGUGUUUAUUUACUUAAUUGGUCUCAUGAUUCUGCACCUAGACAAGUACGUGAAGCAAGUAAACGAGUUACUAAAAUUGAAUUAAAUAAUGAAGGAAAUAAGUUUGGUGUAACUGAUAUCGAAGGAAAUUUAUCUUUACAUGUUUUAUCAAGUAAUCGAUCAACAGCUUAUAUGCGUUUAUUAACUCAUACAAAAAGUGCAAAUGAUUUUGUUUUUCUUGAUUCUUCAACAUUAUUAGCAACAUGUGGUUUAUCAAAUGAUCAUCAAAAUGUUGCUAUUUGGGAUACAUUAAUGCCAGCAUCACGGGCAAAUAUAACUUCAUUUUCUUGUCAUGAUACAACUGGUGGUGGUCAAUGUUUAGCUUAUUCACAAUCCCAUCAAUUAUUAAUAUCAGGUGGUAAACGUGGAGAUAUAUGUAUAUUUGAUUUAAGACAAAGAAAACGUUUAGCAACGAGUCAAGCACAUGAUUCUCAUUUAAAAGCACUUUGUUUAGAUCCAUUAGAACAAUUUUAUGUAACAGGAUCAACUGAAGGAAAUAUUAAAAUUUGGCGUUUACAUGGUUGCGAAAUGGUUCAUUGUUUUUAUAGUGAACAUUCUCGUCGAGGAUUUUUACAUUCACAAAUAAGUGGUGUUAAUCAUUUGCAUUUAACAGCUAAUCGUCAACUAUUUUCAUCAGGCGCCGAUGGAACAAUAAGUGUUCGACAACUAACAUUAGUUGAUUAA